AUCCGCUGGUGCAUGGUCUCCCGGGACGGCCCUGCCACGUAGUCGCCUUUCUGCAGGACACCGAAGUCGACGUGCGCCCAUCCACACUCCUUCUGCCGCGCCCCAAAGGCAAAGACUGAGUCGUGCAGAGCCGCAAGAGUGUGCUGACGAGCCGGGCAGCGAUGGCUGGCAGGGGUCUGGUGCCGCUCCUGUGUCUGUCUCCAUUUCAGUUCCUUCCUCCUUCCUUCUUUCUUGCUUUUAUCCUUCCUUCCUUCGGUCACCUCCCUGCUGAAAGCGUUUCGCUGGCAUCAAGGUCUGUGGAUGCCAUCCCUCUCCAAAAGAGGCUGCUGUUAUCUCGGAGAUUUUUUUAUGUGUUCCUCGUCAUCGCGCUCGAGGCGUCUUCAUCAUCUUCAAGAUAUACAUCGACUCAUCGCAAUGGCCUCUCUUCUUCUUGGUCACCCUCUCUUCACUCACGAGUCAACGGAUCUACGAUAAAAAAAUACAAGAUGAAAAGAGAGUCACCCAAUGCAUCAGGACACCCCGGGCUGCCACGCUUCAAGAACCCGCCACGUGUGGACUUCAUCAAUGCAAACAGUGCGAAGGUGUUUAUCUACAAGUGGGAGAAACAAUUUGACAUUGGUGAAAUGCCCACUGAAAGCCAGCUGUCCUACGUGCUGCAGUUUUGGGAAGAUGGGAGGAGGCUCGCUGACGAGAACAAAACAUUUGAAGGGGAAACAUACACGUUCUCUGGCCUGACACCAGGCACGAUGUACACGUUCUCUGACAUAAAAGCGAACACGAUGUACACGUUCUCUGGCCUGACACCGAACACAAGUUACCACGUCCAGGCGCUGGUGAAGGUGACGGUGGGCGGCAAGACCUGCACGGCUGACGGGGAGGAGGUGAAGGCCAUGAACUUCACCACUAUUUGUCCAGUGCCGCCGGAGCCUGAAGGACUGUCAUCCACCAGUAACUCCAGCAGCAGUAUUAGUGUUAAUUGGACGGCUGUGAGCUACCCCCGGCGGUGUGAUCUUCAGUACUGGCUAGAACUGUGGGAGAAAAGGAACAACAGUUAUUGUCAUAUUGCAAAUCAUGUGACAAAGGAGGUGUAUUAUGAUAUUGACAACCUGCAGGCCUACACUAACUACCGUGUCAGAAUUUAUGCAAUGGGAGGCGGGGAUGAUUCUCCAAAAACCAGGUGGAGCAAUGUGAAAACACUUCCUGACAAACCUGGGAAAGUGACCAGUCUGCGAACGGAGGUGGCAAACGAGAGUUCUCUGCUGGUGACUUGGGAUAACCCUAGUGACAACCCCCGUAAAGGAGAGCUCGAGUCCUUCAAAGUGUCCUGGGUAGGUCAAGGACUGACCACAGGAUGGAAACAGCAAACAGUGGGACUAGAGAAAAAAUAUCUUAUAAACAACCUUAAAGCCAACACUUCAUACACCAUCAAGGUUCAAGGGAAGAACAGAGGAGUGGCAGAGUUCGGUGAUGAGUCUACAGUGAUGGCCACCACCAUACUGGGAGUCGUGGGACUAAACGCCACUGUGUCGUGGCUCACCGUGUCGUGGCAAACACCUAAGAUCGACACGGGUAUUACCACCUUCUACAACGUUUCCCUCCGUCGCGCAAACAGCUCCACCGACAGCCCUCAAUGGAACAAAAUCGCAAACAUAACAACGGCUCAGUUCGAUGGCCUGGAAGCCGGAGCGAAAUACACAGCUCAAGUGCGGGCGUGCAACAACGAGGGCUGUGGAAAGACAUUGGUGGGUGACGUCUGGACUCGCCCCGCCCCCCCACGCUUCCUGGAAGAGGAAGUGGACCUUGGGGAGCCCACUGGAUCCACCAUUACCAUUCAGCUGCCCCUCCUCGCCAACCCCCCCGGGUCGCACUACGUGAUGGUGCAGCAGGAUGGGACAGGGGUGCCGCAAAGGAACUUGGAGCAGAACCUCAUGAAUAUAGCGCUCGCCCUCGUGGAUAGCGAGGAAAAAAACACAACUAGCAAGAGCAGUUCAGUUGACUCUCCGAAAAUGUACAUUGCGGCCAAGCUGCAGCAG